AGUAAAGACACAUGUAAGAAGAGAGAAAGAGACACAUUAACAUUUAGAAAGAGAAAUACACGCAACACACCAGCAAUGGCCGCUAGGAAGCGAGCUUCAGCGACGGACACAGCAAAACCCGAGCAGGAAAAGCCCAAAUCCGAGACCCAUCAAACGGAAUCUCCAAUUCGUCCUGCGAAAUACCCCACAAUCAUCAAAUUCUUUCUCAUAUUCUCCGUCCCAUAUUUCUUCUUGAUUUUCUCUUACUAUAGAAUUGAAUAUGAGCUUAAAAAGUCGAUCUUGAUCAAUUUACUCGUUAGCUUUAUAGGGUUUUUAGUUACGGUGAGUAUGAUACCUGUGGCGUCCAAGUAUGUGUUGAGAAGGAAUUUAUUUGGGUAUGAUAUUAACAAGAAAGGUACACCCGACGGAUCCAUCAAAGUGCCUGAAUCAUUGGGUAUUGUAGUCGGGAUAGUUUUUCUAGUGGUGACAAUCUUGUUUCAAUAUUUUAACUUCACUGCAGAUUCAAAUUGGCUCGUUGAAUACAAUGCUGCACUAGCAUCCAUUUGCUUCAUGAUUCUCCUUGGUUUCGUGGAUGAUGUCCUUGAUGUGCCUUGGAGAGUGAAACUAGUGCUUCCAUCUAUUGCUGCACUUCCAUUGUUGAUGGCCUAUGCUGGGCAUACAACUAUAAUUAUACCAAAGCCCCUCGUUCCAUAUGUUGGACUAGAGAUUUUAGAUUUAGGGUGGAUAUAUAAGCUCUAUAUGGGGCUGUUAGCUGUAUUCUGCACUAAUUCAAUUAACAUUCAUGCUGGUCUCAAUGGGCUUGAAGUUGGACAGACAGUUGUUAUUGCUUCUGCGAUCUUAAUACAUAAUGUCAUGCAAAUUGGAGCAUCUACUGAUCCUGAAUACAAACAAGCACAUGCAUUCUCCAUUUACCUCAUUCAACCGUUGCUUGCUACUUCUUUGGCUUUACUUUCUUACAACUGGUAUCCAUCUUCAGUUUUUGUUGGUGACACCUACACUUAUUUUGCUGGAAUGACCAUGGCCGUAGCUGGCAUUUUAGGACAUUUCAGUGAAACACUUCUCAUAUUCUUUGCUCCACAAGUUCUCAACUUCCUGCUUUCACUCCCUCAGUUGGCAGGUAUUGUGCCUUGUCCACGUCACAGAUUGCCCAGAUUCGACCCCCAGUCUGGCCUAUUAACCGGGACGAAUGAUGGGACUCUUGUGAACUUCUUUCUAAGACAGUUUGGACGAAAGACAGAGAAGAGACUUUGUAUUUCAUUACUAGUUUUCCAGGCCCUAUGCUGUGGAUUCUGUUUUUUGCUGCGGUGGCUCCUCACAGGCUGGUAUAAAUGAAGGAUGCAGUCCUUGUCAGAACUUUUGCAUACUGUGGGUGUCUGAAGUCGCUAUACAACUUAUGUUGUGGACAAAUUAUC